CAAAACCCCAGCCCAAUCAUAUACCAAGGCGCUCUAAUACGAUGUCGUUGGUCCCCAUAAACCUCUCUUGUUCAAACCCUCAGAGUCCACUGAGGUUUCUCCGUUAAUCGAGCGCAACUUUCCGGAGAGACCCAUUUCUCACUCAUUUUCUGAAUACACCACUCGAUCUCCUGCAGAUUCUGUAUUUGUACUUUCAGAUUCCUGCUUCUUUUUCUUAAUUUCGGUAGAAAAUGGCGAUUACAUCACGGACACCUGAUAUUUCCGGCGAACGACAAUCUGGCCAGGACGUUCGAACUCAAAAUGUUGUGGCAUGCCAAGCAGUUGCCAACAUUGUGAAAUCCUCUCUCGGACCGGUUGGACUUGACAAGAUGCUGGUUGACGAUAUAGGUGAUGUGACAAUAACUAAUGAUGGUGCCACGAUACUGAAGAUGCUAGAAGUUGAGCAUCCAGCUGCCAAGGUUCUUGUUGAGCUGGCAGAACUUCAAGACCGAGAAGUUGGAGAUGGAACAACAUCUGUGGUAAUCAUAGCUGCAGAAUUGCUUAAGAGAGCUAAUGAUUUGGUCAGAAAUAAGAUCCAUCCAACGUCAAUAAUCAGUGGAUACAGACUUGCCAUGAGGGAAGCGUGCAAAUAUGUUGAUGAAAAAUUGGCUGUGAAGGUUGAAAAACUUGGUAAAGAUUCUCUUGUAAACUGUGCCAAGACGAGCAUGUCCUCGAAGUUGAUAGGUGGUGACAGUGACUUCUUUGCAAAUCUGGUUGUUGAAGCUGUACAAACAGUGAAGAUGACAAAUGGGAGGGGAGAAGUUAAAUAUCCAAUCAAGGGAAUUAAUAUUCUCAAAGCCCAUGGAAAAAGUGCUAGAGAUAGCUAUCUGUUAAAAGGAUAUGCUCUCAACACUGGCCGUGCUGCCCAGGGAAUGCCGAUGAGAGUUGCCCCUGCAAGGAUUGCUUGUCUUGACUUUAAUCUUCAGAAGGCUAAAAUGCAAAUGGGAGUCCAGGUUUUGGUCACUGAUCCCAGGGAGUUGGAAAAAAUUCGUCAGAGAGAAGCUGAUAUGACAAAGGAGCGUAUUGACAAGCUUCUAAAGGCUGGAGCAAAUGUUGUUUUAACCACAAAAGGAAUUGAUGACAUGGCACUUAAGUACUUCGUCGAAGCCGGCGCCAUUGCCGUGAGACGUGUCCGCAAGGAGGACUUGCGCCAUGUUGCCAAGGCGACUGGUGCAACUGUGGUUUCGACAUUUGCAGAUAUGGAAGGAGAAGAAACAUUUGAUUCGUCUCUUCUUGGUUAUGCUGAUGAAGUAGUGGAGGAACGUAUUGCUGAUGAUGAUGUGAUUAUGAUAAAAGGGACCAAAACUACCAGUGCGGUCUCAUUGAUACUCAGGGGUGCCAAUGACUUCAUGCUCGACGAGAUGGACAGGGCUUUGCACGAUGCUUUAUGCAUUGUCAAAAGAACUCUGGAAUCUAAUACGGUAGUUGCUGGUGGAGGUGCAGUUGAAGCUGCCUUGUCUGUCUAUCUGGAGAACCUAGCCACCACUCUUGGAUCUAGGGAGCAGCUGGCUAUUGCAGAGUUUGCUGAAUCAUUUCUAAUUAUACCGAAGGUUCUUGCUGUGAAUGCUGCUAAAGAUGCAACUGAGUUGGUUGCUAAGCUACGUGCUUACCACCACACUGCACAAACCAAGGCAGAUAAGAAGCAUUUAUCAAGGUGUUCUCUGACCAUGCCUUCCACUUACGGUUGCAGCAUGGGUCUUGACCUGGGGAAGGGUACUGUUCGAAACAAUUUAGAAGCAGGAGUUAUUGAGCCAGCAAUGAGCAAAGUGAAGAUAAUUCAGUUUGCAACUGAAGCAGCAAUAACUAUUCUUCGAAUCGAUGACAUGAUCAAGCUUGUUAAAGACGAAAGUCAGAACGAAGAGUGAUUUUUACACUUGCUAUAGAAAUGAUCGAUGAGGUUUGGUAAGGGACACUUGGAUGCUUCGGGGACGGGGGAGGGUGCCUAUUUAAGUAGUUUGGAUUCAAUUUUGUCUGCUUUGUUUACAUGGUUUUGAAUUGAGAAGUGAAUGCAAUGAUCUAUGGCAGGGCAGCGGUACUUCCUUUAAUUAAGAGUUCAUUUCUUUAAUUAA